GGGGGGUGGGGACCAUUAUCAGGGUAUAGUAUGUUAGGGAAUAAAAAAAUCUAUUUUCAAUGUUGGAGACAACCUGAAAGAUAUAUCCCUUUCCUUCGGAAGCUCUCAGGCCAGCUUGGCAGCUAAGAGCAGUCGCUUUCAUUAUCCCUGGGUGAAUGACCAUAGGUUGCAAUAGCAUCAGCAUACGGAACAGUAGGGGAUGGGUUGUGGAAGCUGGGGAUGGGUACACUGUGUUCUUAAAUGAAGCAACAGGACCCAAGUCUGCCUGAUGUAAGAAGGAAAUGAGUUUAUGGAAGGUGUUGGAGAAGUCACUGGAUUGUCAGCUGCCAAACUUGGCUUGGAAAAUAGGUUAAGAAUCACAAGACAGCCGGCAGUGACCAGAGCCAGGGUAAUGUGGUGGUUCUGAUUAGGGCGCCAUAUUUGGUUAUGUCACUACCGAAUCCAGAUGCUCCUACCACUGGGUGUACCAGAUUUCCAAUGCUUGCAAGCUGCUAUGCAUCCUUCAAAGUCCACGUACCAUUGAGCACUCUCUCAAGAUCCCAACGCCUGCUGACAAAGGGACAGAAAUUAUUUUCUUUUUCUUUCACAAAAUGGAGAUUUGGGGUAUUUGGUGGGACAAAACAAAAUAAACAACAAUAACAGCAAAACAUUCCUAUUAUAAACAUUUCAUAGCAAAAAGGAUCAGUCUUCUUUUCCUUUGGAUUGAAUGGCCACUGCUUAGAGCAGUACUUCUGAACCUGAGGGUCGAGAGCCCUUUGGUGAUUGAAUGACCCUUCCAUAGGGGUCACUUAAGACCAUCAGGAAACACAGAUCUUUACAUCACGUUUCAUAACAGUAGCAAAAUUGCAGUUAUGAAGAAGCAAGGAAGAUAAUGUUAUAGCGUGGGUCACCACAGCAUGAGAUGCUCAUUAAAGGGUGGCAGCACUGGGAAGGUUAAGAACCACUGACUUAACGCUUGUUGAAUUAAACCCGUGAUAAAGAAGGAGCUGAGAUUUUAAGAGGAGUAGGAGCCCAUUAAAUAACAGUGUAGAGGAAAUAUAUCCCAACGGGAAGAUCUUGGGUUUAUUAAGUAGAUAAAUAUAUGAACAAAUGACCAAAUAGAACAUAAGCAUUCACAGAAACAGCCUUUAGUAGGAAAUAAUCCAGUUUGUCUGGAAGAGGGAGUUCACAUGGGGCUAAACAGAUGAGGAUAGACGGGAAGCUCACGUGCCCUGGAGCUGCAGUGUGUGCCGAGCUCCUGACAGGCACUCCACUCCGUGUUGUGUGCAAUGCUAAGAGCUAGCAGCAUGCGGGCUGUGCAGCCCCUGCUCUCAGGGAGCCUUUGUGAAUUUCUCCUUCUCACUUUAUUUUGUGAGUAGCAGUUAAGGUUUUAAGGAGAACCGUGGCACAGCCAUUUGCAGGGUUUUGGAGUCUAGCAUAAUAGGUUGUACAAUAGGCCACAAGAUGAGGCCAAGCAGAGGGAGACAGUAAAGGACUAGUAACUAGAGAAGGAGUAGUGAGGACUGAAGCCGUGAACGCAGGGAGAGCUGCUCUAAGAGGUUCUUCAGACUCAUUCACUGCCCGGACACCAGUCCCACCCCUCUCAGGUAAGCACACUGCAGGCUAGCCGUGUCAUUGCUACGUCUCAGUCCCAAAGGGGACUAUGUCUUUGUCUUAUGCUCAGGGCAUCCUCUUCUAGUUGAAGGUACAGAUGAGCCCUAGGACCCUUACUGGACCCCUGUAGUUCUGCAGGACAGGUCAUCCGAUAGGAUGGGAACAGAGGUGACUGUUAGAUCUCUGAAGUUGACUGUAAGUCAUGUAAAGACUGUGUUGGUCUCCCGCGUUUCCAUGCACUCUUAAAGUUCGGAACUCUUUGUACUCAGCGCAGUAUGCCUAGUACUAGUUCCAGUUCCUGGUGGUGUCAGCCCCUUGACUGUAGGGCACACCAGAACUGUUGUAACUGAUAACUCACCGCCCAGCUGCUGCUGAAGGUGGUGAGCAAUGGUAAUCUCUCAAAAGCGUGCACUUGAGUCACCGUCCAGCCCUAAACCUUUAGCACCUUUUCAUUUUCCAUGUGACCUUCCCCUUAGCUUCUAAGGUCCCUUCGUCCUUCUCUUCCACUUUUCCAAUACAAACCUCAAUUCUCGUCUGACUCCCCAGGGAUAGCCCUUACCAAGCACUUACUUUCACACGGAUCCUUCUUUCUCCAGAACAGUCUUUUUUUUGUUUGUUUGUUUGGUUGGUUUGGUUUUUUUGAGACACAGUUUUUCUGAGUAGCCCUGGCUGUCCUGGAACUCACUCUUAGACCAGGCUGGCCUUGAACUCAGAUCGGCCUGCCUCUGCCUCCCAAGCACUGGCAUUAAAGGUGUGAGCCACCACCAUCUGGCUCCGCAGAACAGUCUUACUCUCACCCAUUAGUGUUCCAGAGCCCAGGGCUUCCUUCCUAUCUAUACAGCCUGCACCAGGCCUUUGCAUUUCCAUUUCUCAGAGAUGUCUCCAUGGCUGACAGUCACAGCACCCCUGUGUGACCUUCAGCAGGCAGUUAUCCCCACACUUGUGUUUGCUCUUCUGUCUUGUCUCCCUCCGCUAAGUUAUGACUGCUUGAGGGUUGCUAUCUCCAAGAACAGCUGGCACAUUUCCAAAAGCACAGAGCGCGUGAGUAUGAGGGACUGGCCUAGGACUGUCUCCUUCUGAUGCCUCUGCUGUCAGACGAGUGCACUCUCCUUCCCCACCACGUAAGGCCUAAGUGAUGCUGACAAAGAGAAGAGGUGUCCUUACAAUAGUCUUCCGUGGGAUUUCUGUUGUCUCCACGUCGCUCCUGCUGCUGACUGUGAGUCACCGCUCAUCUGUGGCGACUGCAAGCCUCAUUUCAUGAUUCACAGGCUAAAAGUGGCAUGAGGUUUUUUUACCGAGGAACUAAUUCCAGCCUGAACUGAGCUUCACAAUUACCGGGUUCCUCUGUGGGUUUUGAGUUGCGAGCGUAGGGCUUCUCACAACAUGUACCUAGAGUGCACUUCACAGGGAUAUGCUGGGAGGUUCCCGGCAAUACGUUUUCUGUCAGCCUUUGUUUAGCUGAUGAAAAAGCUAAGGGAGAAUAGAGAAUUCCUUGGGGGCUCUUCUUUAGUGUAUUUCUGUUGAGCGAUGGUUUGGUUUCUCAGGCAGAAUAUGCAUCUGUCUAUCCCCAAAGAGCAGGUUUCAGAACUGGCCCCUGACCCCCCGUGGCCAAGGGCUUAGCUCUCCUUAGCAUCUGAGAGACCUGCUCUAAUCACGAGUGAAAGGGAAAUCACUGGAGAGAGGAUGGAUGCAUUAAUGGCAGAAAUGGGACAGCUUUGUAGAUCUCUAUUCAAUCCAAAGACUUCAAAAGAGCUGUAGCACAUCAGGUGAGACACUGAGCAGCAGCUGUGAUGACAGUGGGUGACACGUAGGGUUUGGAAUGGCGCCUGGCAUGGGGCAAUCGCUCUGUGAAGUCACCUGCUAUUGCUGUCACUGUUUUGUUUCUGAAACAGAGUCUCAUGUAACCCUAGGCUGGUCUCAAACUGUAGCUAAGGGUGGCCUCGAACUUCUAUUCCUCCCUCCUCCACCACCUGAGUGCUGAGGUUACAGGUUUAUGCAGUGAUAGUAUCGAGCCCUGGGCCUCAUGCGUGCCAAGCCAGCAGUCUACCCACUUGCUGCCCAGCAGCUGCAGCCUUCCUGUAUCACACUUCAGAGAGCUGAUUGUGCCCACUACUGAACACUUGGCGCUCACGGCCCCACUGAGUCCUUUGAGUGGUGAAGUGACUUUUGCUAUUCCUGGUGUACAGACAUAGACUGAGACUUAAAGAGGUUGAAUUUUGAGUUCAAGCACUUGUGCUGGUUAAUUCUAUCUCAACUUGACAUAGGCUAGAGUCAGCUGAGAGAAGGGAACCCCAAUCCAGAAAAUGCCUCCUUAAGAUUGGCCUAUAGGCACUUUUUAAACUAGGGAUCAAGGGGGAGGGCCCAGCCUGUCAUGGGUGGGGCCCCUCUGGGCAGGUGAUCCUGGGUUCUAUAAGAAGCAGGAUGAACAAGCCAUGGGAAGCAAGCCAGUACGAAGUAACACCGUUCCAUGGUCUCUGCAUCAAUUUCUGCCUCCAGUUCCUGCCCUUACUUCCCUCAGCGAUGAAAAGUUACCUGGAGUGUAAGCUGAAAUAAACCCUUCUCUCCCAAGUUGCUUUGGUCAUGGUUUCUCAGCAAUAAUAACCCAAACUAGGACGCCAGUCAUGUAUUCACUGGGCUAUGAGAAGGAUCAGCAGGUUAAGUACUUGCCACCAGUAUUGAUGACCUAUGUUCGAUACCUGGAACCCACACGGUGAGGUACACACACACACACACACACACACACACACACACACACACACACACCUACCUAGGAGCUAUUGAUCCUGAAGAGCCUACCUGUUCUUAAGGUUUCCUGCCCCCUUCACAUUUUCUUUCCUUCUCCCUGUCCAUCUCCCAACCCCACUUUUCCCUGGAUUUGGCUGGGCUCACCACUGUGGGGUAAGCAGGAUGUUUUCCCCGUGGAGCUGUGACGAGGCAUGUGUCAGCACAUGCCUUGCAUUGUGGCUUUCUUUCCGAGAGAGAGGCCCAGUGGGGGCGCGGCCUCACAUCCAGCUGCUGUUUCUGAGAAGCCGAAUCCCACUCUUCAGUUUUGCUGUCUUAUCUUGGCUCACAGCCAUUACCACAUUGAGUGACACUGGCAUUAACGUUGACGGGACUAAAGAAAGCUCGCAGGCAGCCAGCCAUGGGAAGCAGUCCUUGCGUUUGUGGCUGAAUUACUUGAGAUCUUGGCAGAUUAACCAAGGAGGACGGGUCUUAUCUCCUUCCUGAGUACUGCCAUUCACAAGACAUCUGUGGCAUACUGUAGCCCGAGCCCCCUGUGCUGCCCUGUUUACCCCAGACAUCUUUCUGGGGUCCACUUGAGGUCAGCAGCGUGAAGAUGAACAGAACCCUCUUAGCAUGACGACCUUGGACCAUGUCAUUGCCACCCACCAGUCAGAGUGGGUCUCCUUCAGUGAAGAGCCAUUGUUCCCCACCCCUUUAGAGGGGGGCACUGAAGAGCACUUCCCAGGAUUGUCAUCUUCCUCAGACCGGUCUGAGAGCUCCUCUGGGGAGAAUCAUGCAGUGGACGAAGGCUCGCAGGACCUUUCACACUCUGAGCAGGAUGACUCCUCUGAAAAGAUGGGCCUCAUCUCUGAAGCAGCCUCCCCUCCGGGGAGCCCUGUGCAGCCCACACCUGAUCUGGCCUCAGCCAUCAGCAACUGGGUCCAGUUUGAAGAUGACACACCCUGGAGCAACACCUCAGCACCGCACAAGGAGACAGCCCUCACAUUGACCGUGCCCUGCUGGACAUGCCCUUCCUUGGACUCUUUGAGAAGAUGCCCUUUGGCGUCCGAGAGCAGUUGGACCACCCAUUCUGAGGACACCAGCAGCCCUAGUGUUGCUCCAUCAUAUACAGACCUGCAGCUCAUCAACGCUGAGGAACAGGCAAGCGGCAGGGCUUCUGGGACCGACUCCACCGACAAUUCCUCCUCCCUCCAGGAAGAUGAAGAAGUAGAAAUGGAGACCAUCAGUUGGUGGGCAGGCAGUCCAGCCAUGAACGGGCAUCCUGCCGUCCCACAGGUGACCACUGCUCGUUUCCCCAGCUGGGUCACCUUUGAAGACAAUGAAGUCGGCUGCCCUUCGCCAACAGUCCCCUCUCCAAAGAAGCCAAAUGCUCCAUCUGCUGCAACUGCUGGCCCAGACGUACCUUUCAACUCAACUGGGUCAUUUAAGAGGGACCGUCCCAAGAGCACACUGAUGAACUUAUCCAAAGUUCAGAAGCUGGACAUAUCCUCCUUAAACCGUCCACCUUCUGUCACGGAGGCCCCACCCUGGAGGGCCACCAAUCCUUUCCUGAAUGAGUCGCUCCAGGACAUACAGCCCUCCCCCAUCAACCCGUUCAGUGCUUUCUUCGAAGAGCAGGAACGGCGCUCCCAAAACAGUUCCAUUUCCGGUACCUCGGGCAAAAGCCAAAGAGAUUCUCUGAUUGUCAUCUACCAGGAUGCCAUCAGCUUUGAUGAUUCAGGCAAAAGCCAGUCCCACCCCGACGCUAUUGAAAAGCUCAAGCAACUCCAAAUUGAUGAUCCCGAUCCCGUUGGCAAUGCAGCCCUGCCCGAUGACGACCCCACAGCCUCGGUUGAACCCGAUGCGCCCUCACCCACCUCAGCGCUAUCUCAGCCCAGGGAUGGAUGGCCAAUGAUGCUGAGAAUCCCCGAGAAGAAAAACAUCAUGUCCUCCAGGCACUGGGGACCAAUCUACAUCAAACUGACUGACAGUGGUUACCUGCAGCUGUAUUACGAGCAAGGCCUAGAAAAACCAUUCCGGGAAUUCAAGCUGGAGAUCUGCCACGAGGUGUCGGAACCCCGGCUCCAAAACUAUGAUGAGAAUGGGAGGAUCCACAGCUUGAGGAUAGACCGGGUCACUUACAAGGAGAAGAAGAAAUACCAGCCCAAGCCUGCUGUGGCCCAUGCAGCCGAAAGGGAACAGGUAAUUAAACUGGGCACCACCAACUACGACGACUUCCUGAGCUUCAUCCACGCGGUUCAGGACCGCCUCAUGGAUUUACCAGUGCAGUCGAUGGACUUGAGCACAGUUGGCUUAAACUACCUCGAAGAGGAGAUUACAGUGGACAUCCGAGAUGAGUUCUCUGGCACAGUAAGCAAAGGAGACAACCAGAUCCUACAGCACCACGUCUUGACACGGAUCCACAUACUGAGUUUCCUCUCUGGGCUCGCCGAGUGCCGCUUGGGCCUCAACGACAUCCUCAUCAAAGGGAACGAAAUCGUCUCCCGGCAGGACAUCAUGCCCACCACCACCACCAAGUGGAUCAAGCUCCACGAGUGCCGUUUCCACGGGUGCGUGGACGAGGACGUGUUUAACAGUUCCCGGGUCAUUCUGUUCAACCCUCUGGAUGCCUGCCGGUUCGAGCUAAUGAGGUUCAGGACCGUGUUUGCCGAGAAGACCUUGCCCUUCACCCUCAGGACAGCAGCGAGCAUUAACGGGGCGGAAGUGGAGGUGCAGAGCUGGCUGAGGAUGUCUCCCGGCUUCUCUUCUAACCGUGACCCUCUCACUCAGGUUCCCUGUGAGAACGUAAUGGUUCGCUACCCAGUACCCAGUGAGUGGGUGAAAAACUUCCGCAGGGAAAGUGUUCUAGGGGAAAAGUCUUUGAAAGCCAAAGUGAACCGGGGGGCAAGUUUUGGCUCCGCUGGCGCCUCUGGCUCGGAGCCCGUCAUGAGAGUAACUCUGGGAACAGCCAAGUACGAGCACGCCUUCAACUCCAUUGUGUGGAGGAUAAACCGGCUGCCAGACAAGAACUCAGCUUCUGGCCACCCACACUGUUUCUUUUGCCACCUUGAACUUGGCUCUGACCGGGAAGUGCCUUCCAGAUUUGCCAAUCAUGUAAACGUCGAGUUCAGCAUGCCCACGACGUCUGCCUCCAAAGCAGCUGUGAGAUCCAUCUCUGUGGAAGACAAGCCCGAUGUCAGGAAGUGGGUCAAUUAUUCCGCACACUACAGCUACAAGGUGGAAAUUGAACAAAAAAAGAGUUUGAAGCCAGACUUUGAGGGAGAGGACUUGGAAAACCCAAAGGAAUGUGGGGUACAGUGACAGUGACCCACCUCAAGGAACUGAGGACCGCUGACUCGCAACCGGGUGUCUUCCCCGAAUAACUCAAGUUUAAGUCGACACCUGCUGCGGCUGCUCCACAUUGGGGGCUGCCUACCUCCGUUUCCUGUGUGCACCUACCUGUGGGUCACAGGAAAUCCUGAGGGGGGCUGCCUUCAGUAGGCCCCUUGACACUGAGCAUGCCCGAAGUACGUGGCACACCUGGCUUCUGGAGUUUACCAAGUAUUGAGCCUCCUUGUCUCUUUUCUGCUUGUAUCAUGGCACUGGUAUGUGGUUUGUGGUGACUAUUAGAAACCCAGAAAGAACCGCCAGCAUCAGUGUUGGCACAAUUUGCCCCCAGUACUCACAUGUCACUUGUAAAAUUCUGGAGAAAAUAGCCCUGAAAGUUUAUUAAGAAUCCAUCUCUAUUGCUCCCUCUGUACAAGAUUCCAGGAAGUUCCAAAGCCAUUUCUUUGGGCCUGCUUUUCUAGAUAUCUCCAUGUUUUUAAACAUGGGCAUUCUGCAACAGAGGUUUCCCAAAUGUUUCCCUUCUAGUUCUAGAUUGCUCAAGAUCAAAACACUCUUUCAACUUCUUCUCCAUUUGCUGUCUUAAAUAUGGUGCAUGAUGGGAAAGGCUCCAUCUGAUAUUUUCAAAUUUAGGUUUGGAGCUUAAUUCUACAAAUGGACUAAAUUGGCUUCACAGUCUGUUAAAAACAAAAAAACAGAACUUAUUUUUCUUACCUAAAAGGAACAUUAAAUGUAAGCUUAUAUUUAGUUCGGAAGACAGCUUCGAUCAUAAAAUAUGCCAGAUUCUCACUGGUCAGUUUUAAUUCCUGAAACACAGCAUGACUGUAAUUCCGUGUGCGUAAAAGAGACACUUGGAAGUUCUUUUCAUACCUCAUACACAAUGACUGUUACACAUCUCUUCCCUCAAAAUUCAGAGGAAACUUAAGCUAAAAAGAUCAUUGUAAAAGCUGAGUUUGGAUGAGCUUUACCCCGAAUUCUGAGGUUGGUUAGUUACACUAUUGUGAAAGCUCAAAAGGGUGGUGGCGCACACCUUUAAUCCCAGCAUUUGGAAGGCAGAGGCAAAUGGAUUCCUGAGUUCAAGGUCAGCCUGGUCUACAGGAUGAGUUCCAGGACAGCCAGGGCUGCAGAGAGAAACCCUAUCUGGGAAGAAAACAAAAAACAAAAAAACAAAAAACAAACUAAAAAAGGCAGAAGGCUCCAGUGUAGGGCUGGGGAAAGCCGGUCUCCCAGUGUCAUGACCAUGAAAUCCUGAUUCCCAGACUCAGGCCAGCAUCCCUUUCCUUACAUUUCCCACCCUGCCCCCUGCUCCCCCACCCCUGCUUAUUUGUACUCUGUUGAUUGCUCUCAUGAAGAAAAAAGUGAGGGGACUGAGUACAUAUUUUAUCAGACUUGGGGAAUAUAUGGAAAUAAGUAGAAAAUGCCUGCAGUUUGGGACUAACUGAUUCAAGCUUUUUUUUUUUUUUCAGCUCCUAUCUAGUGAUCUAGGUAUUAGAAAUCAUGGCAGUACUUUGAACCAUGUGUUUAACUCUCUAAGCAUUAGAUUGGAAUGAAAAGGACAAGCUACAUAGGCCCACAUGAGAAGACCUGUAUUUUGAGUUUUUCAAAUGCAACCCUUUCAGUAUAGAGGGGUGUGUGUGUGUGUGUGUGUGUGUGUGUGUGUGUGUGUGUGUGUGUGUGUGUGUUUUGAUGAGAACUAGGGAGACUUGAUAUUAAUAGCAGUCCAUAUAGAAAUGUUUUCUUGCUGAGUUCAGUCUUGAACCAGGGAUAGAUCCACAGCUAUUCUCAAGGCUAAUUCCUUCUAUCUGUGGUGGUAGGUCAUUAACAACUGUGCAUGAUGCACUGGCCUGUGCAUGCCUGAAUGGAGGGUUACAUUCAAGUAUGGCUACUGUAUUUUAGGGGUGACACUAAUAAGUCGACCGUAUCCACAAGCAGGUGACCAGGGUUGUGACGAUCCUGGUUAUAUAAGGAACAGGGGGCAGCUCUCCUGCAGAACAGAGGGCAUAGCUGGGAAGGGAGUGCAGGGAAGUUGGGAAAUGAAAGAACAGCCAAUAACCAACUCAAGGUUUCUGCUGCACUAGGGAAAGAAGAGGAGUUAGCAUAACCUCAAAGGCAAAAAGAAAUAGGAACAGAAGAGAACUUUCCAGAUGACAGAUGUUUGCUCAGUAUAAGAAUCUCCUAGGAAAGAAGCGUUCUAAAGUUGAGAGGGUCAAGAAGAUUUCCUGCUGCAGCUAGUGCCCAAAAGUCAACAGAGCCACCUAUCCCAGGUGCUCCGGAAGGGACUAUCACAUUGGAGUGGUCAAGAUGGCAGGAAAACUCUUAUUCAAACAGCCUUGAUGGGAAUGAGGCUGGCUAGCUCCAGACAGCCUUUCCUCUGUGGGUUUUUUUUUUUUUUUUUUUUUUUUUUUUGUGCUGUUGGAGGGCAGUGGAGCUCUCGAGAAGAACUCAGUCAUUGAAGUCCAUGUCAUUUCCACUGUAAGGCUAACGAUCUUGAGAGUGUCAGAUGACCAACAGGCUGGGCAGUUGGCAGGAUAGGGGAAGGUCUUCCCUGGCUUAGCCCUGUGCCAGGAGCCCUGCCCGGGCUGCUAACAUGCACAGCACCUGUUUUCUCUUGUCCCUCCCACCCCCUUGGUUUAAUUCUUCCUGCCUUGGUGCUUCACCUGGACUGUUUAGAUUUUUGUUUUUGUUUUGCCCUAAUCAAAAGGUGAAAAAAAAUCCCCUCUGUGCUAUUUAUAUUUAGCAAGCAAAUUAUCACUAAUUUUUAAGUAUAGACCACCCUCUGGGUUCCAUCAAAUUUGGUUCACCUCUACUGCGCUUAGGGUCAUAUGAAUAACAUGUAAGGAGGUGAAAUGUAGUUCAGAACUUACUGAAAACCUACCUAAAAACUGGAAUUGGGCAAAUCACCCUUUUCAUGUGCAGAGUGUAUGCUUGCCACAGCGGCCCUCAACUUUUAUUUUCCUGUGCUUAAAAAAAAAAAUCUAAAUCUGUUAUCAACGACAUAAAAUUUUGAAAAAGGAUUGAUUUUUACCAAUACAAUUAGGACACAUUAGUUGUCACAUAGUAUCUAAAUACAAUUAGGACACAUCAGUUGUCACAUAGUAUCCAAAGCUAUUUUUGAGUCUAGGGCUUCUCUGUUUCAACUUUACAGUGAGACAGGACAAAAAGUAAAUAAGCCUUCCAAUAUAUCAGACAAGAGGUCUGGUCAUGUAGCUCAGUAGGAGAGAACUUGCCUACCAUGCACAAGGUCCUGGGUUCAACCCCCAGUACCACAGAAACAACAACAGAAAAGAGUGGUGGGUAUUUAGAGGGCAGAUCCCUGAAGCCCCUCUUGUUGACACAAUGCUGGUUACUCCUUGGGAAAAGUUAGCCCUUCUUCCUUAUCCUCUGGACUUGCUUCCUCAUCUACCCGAGACCUCCUCACAUCUACUGUGAGGCCUUAUCCUCAUGGGUGUCCCUUAAUUUAGAAGACUUCUUAUCUGAAGUGAGACUAAUCUCUGCUUAGAAACACAGUUGAGAUCAAGAGUUUAUGUCCCUAGAAACUCCGUUCCUGAGAAACGUGGUAGCGACUAAAACUGUUUUAGUCAUCGUGACUCAAAUGCCUAUAACAAGUGCGAGCCAGCAGGGCUCGGCCGCUUUCAAUAUUUAAAUCAAAUAUGCCCGUUAAAUACAUGGAAAUUAUUGACACUUGGACCCUGAGACUACUUACUCUCUGCUUACAGCUAGCAAGCCGCUUUUAUUUCCUGGAGGACUUAAGUAAUCACUUUGCUCCGCUUUGACCCCUGCCUGCAGUGUCAUCCAAGUGUCAGGAUGGUGACGCUUAAUGUGUGGCUGAGUCUGACCUACAGUGCACUUAUUCAUACCAAGAAACACUUCUACUCUACACUCAGCGGUGCGAGGGCACAGGUGCUGUCCACGGUUACGCUAUUGAUUCAAUCAAGCAGACGGGGAGCCUCUGCCUCGCCCGUGACUCAUGGAAGAUGCUCGCAUCUGAUGGAGCACGCAGCCAGUCCUGCUGGGUCAGGUCUUUGUCCUCCCAACUGUAACCAUGGACCAGUGCUAUCACGCAUGUCGUGUCCUCACAGGAGAUGGAAGUCUGAGACAGGAAGGCUGGUGCUCACAGGGGAAAUCACGAUUUCAAAGCCGAUUAAUAUUUUUAACCAUCAGUUUAAGGGUAGAAAAACAAGAGAAUGAGCUGACUUUUUUUUUUCUGCCUUAAAGGUCUUAGAAUUAAUUAUCAUGAGGAGGAAGCACUGUCAUCCAAUAUACCUUUACAGAUUCCCCUAGGAAAAGGUGGCAAGUUUAUUUCUUCUAUGAACAGUUGGUUCAGAUUAACCCUAGCAUUUCCAAAGUUGAGAUUGUGAUUAGAUUAGAAUAUGAUAGAGAAUCCAAUCGAAAUUAACAAAAAAAUUAAGUAAAAAUAUACCGUCUAGUAAAUGAAUGUUGUGUUAACACUUCGUUACCACCACCAUGACAGCAUUUUAUAUAUAACAUUGGUCAGUGUAUUGUCUCUAUGGUUCUGAUGAGUGUUUUCUAAACAUGACCAGUGUGGCUUUGCCAAUUUCCUUCAAAUCACCACAUUUUAAUUAUGCUUUUUGGAAAGGAGAUCAGCUUUAGUUCUUCUCCUUCAUAAUUGUGUUUUAAAGGGAUUAAGAGUGAAGGAGAUACAGGAGGCCAAGUCUUAAGUGUAGGAACAAAUGAAUGGGUUAGUAAUAUCCCCAAGGUCGUCUAAGCAAGAGCAUGGAAGCUUUAUAUUCUAGUGUGCCUUAGCCACUUUGCUAAUGAAAGUCCAGUCCUGUACUUUAAGAGUUGAAAGGGGAUGUGGGGAGCAUGCAUAUAUCAACUUGCAAUGCCAAGCCAUAAAAGUAGAAAAUUUCAGUAGUACUAUGUUCUGCAGAACCUGGAAAGAGGCAAAUAAAAAGGUGGAUGUAAUGAAAAACUACUAAACAUCAGACUAAAGAAAAUAAUUUCAGUAUGAAAAGAGUUGGAAGAUAGCAUUGGCCACCGAAUUUAAUAUAACCUGAACUGGAGGCUGUCUCCAGUAAGAAGCUAUUAGGGAAGAAGGGGGCAUAGCGGGGACAGACAGCAGGGGUCUUUGCUCUGCCAGGAUUGCUCAGGUGCGGUUUAAAGUACUGUUAGCAGCCAGCUUCCCUGUGGACGAGAGGCCAUGCACUAAGAUGCUCCUAGCUGUUAGUCAUGCUGUGACGGCUUCAUGAAGGAAAGCUGGCCUUUCUGUGACUGUCUGAAGGGCACAAGCAUGGGGGAAGUUACUCUUGCUAACUGACCUCUUGUUGUCAUCUUGGUUUCCAGAGACAACAGAGAGAGCACUGGGCUCGUUUUCCUUGGGAUUGUUUGUGUGUGUGUGUUUGUCUGUUUCCCAGCAAUGGUUUUAUGGAUUGUUUCACAAACUAUCCUUUCCUGCCACAUCUUGUUGAUGUCCCAGGUCAGUAUGAUUCUUACGAUUCUUAUGCUUAAGAACCAAGAAGUCUGAAGUCGGAAAGUUGAGAUCAGCUGGUUUAUCUUUCUCCUGCUCAGCCCCCCCCCCCCAGUCCCCACUACGAUGUUCUGCCUUUGACCUCAGAAUACCAGUGGAAUAUGAGGGUCAAAAGGCGAAUUCCCACUCGACACUGAGGUGUGAAUACACCUCAGUGAGUAUCCAAGUGGACACCAAGGUAUGAAUACCUCAACGGGUAGGUCCAACCCUCCACGUUAAAGAUGUUUGAAUGCAGGAUGCUGGAAUGGUCUGGAACCUAUGGCUAGUCUUCCAUGGGAAAGACCAUAGGAGAGAGGAGGAAACAAGCCAAUCUGGAGCCAUCUGCAAUUAUAGCAAAUGAGAGAAAAGGCCAGUCGCUGUACAUAAAAAUGUACUUAUUUUUUUCUUAAUAGCUUCUCUGUGUGGUGUGUCUGAAUAUGCUUUUAGUUUCUUUGGGGGGUUCUAAUUACUCAGACAGAAUAGAUCAGUUUUAACUGGUCAGAUGGAAUUCCAGCAUCCUCUCCUGGUUCAUUCCCAUGUUCUGCCUCAGACGAAACCCCAGUUCUCACUGUGGACACUAGCCAUACCGUGGCUAAAGCCUUAAGCGCCGCCAUUGCUCACACCCAUGCGCUGAUCAGGAGGCCCGACAGCACCAGUUCUGUGAACACGGAUGAGCCCUCCGCUCCCAACAUCAGCCUGUUGGGUUUAAGGGUCUUCAGGAAUGGUGCACGAGUGUCACAGCUCCCUCUCCCCUUCAGCCAGCAUUCACUUAUCUUUAUGUUCACUCGCCAACAGAAACUGGACAACCCUUUACCACAUUCAGAAGGCUAAUCAGGAUCAGUGUUUGAGAGAAGGAUUGGCGGAGGAGCGUCCCUCCCCACCCUCCAUUUCUGUAACGUCCAUAUGAAUUUCAUGGUGUCGGGUGGUUGAACCCGCGGUCCAGUGACUACCUUGACUUCCUUUAUUCGUCGUCCAUCCCCACUCAGUGUAACUUCUUGCACUACUGUGGCUCGUUUUAUGUAAAACCAGUUAACUCUAAAAAGAAUGUGCCUAUGUAAUAAAGUCUACACACUGGCUAUCUCUGUAGAGGUGACGUUUUGUUUUAGAUGUUUUGCUGAAUAAUCUGUAAUAUCUUUUUUGAGCUAUGAAAAGGAAGUAUUAAUAAAAAAUUUAUGCAAAGUGA